AUGUCUGCGGGCCCGCGGCGGCCGCUCGUGCACCGUCUGCUUCUGCUGCUCCUGCUGCUCCCGGGCGCGUGCGGCCACGGAGAGACGCAGGGCCCCGGAGAGCGCGCCCCCGAGCCCGGCGCGGCCUGGCCAGACCUCCAGGACCUAGAGGAGGGGCUGAAGGCGGUCGCUACCGUGUCCAGGCGGUACUGGACGCUCUUCAGCUGCCAAGUGUGGCCCGAGGACUGCGAGGAGGACGGAGAAGGCGCUGCGGAGCCCCUAGGCUGGAACCUUACCCAGUUGAGCCAGCAGUACCUGGACAUCCUGACCACGUGGUACUGCAGCUUACAGGACUGCUGUGACAGCAGGGACUGCAGGAUCUCCAACAACUUCACAGGCCUCAAAUCAGACCUCAGUGUGCGGCUGCACGGCCAGCAUUUGGCCCAGGAGCUGGUGCUGAGAGCGGUGAGGGACUAUGUGGAGACACCGCGUCCCAGUGGAGCACUGGCCCUCUCCUUCCACGGCUGGUCUGGCACCGGCAAGAACUUUGUGGCCCGGAUGCUGGCGGAGAACCUGUACCGGGACGGGCUGAAGAGUGACUGUGUCAAGGUGUUCAUCUCUAUGUUCCACUUUCCUCACCCCAGAUACGUGGACCUGUACAAGGAGAAGCUGGCCAGCCAGAUCCAGGAGACCCAGCAGCGUUGCCACCAGACCCUGUUCAUCUUCGAUGAGGCUGAGAAGCUGCACCCAGAGCUGCUGGAGGCCCUGGGGCAACAUCUGGAACGCUGGGCCCCCACGAGUCACACAGCUGAGACCCCAAGAACCAUCUUCCUUUUUCUCAGUAACCUUGGGGGCAAUAUCAUCAAUGAGGUGGUCCUAAAUUUGCUCAAGGCUGGCCAUUCCCGGGAGGAGAUGACGAUGGAGCACCUGGAACCACAACUCAGGGCAGAGAUUGUGCAGUCCACAGACAGUGGCUUUGGCCGCAGCCGUCUUGUAAAAGAGAACUUGAUUGACUUCUUUGUCCCCUUCCUGCCACUGGAGUACCGUCAUGUGAAGCUGUGUGCACGUGAUGCCUUCCUGAGCCAGGAGGUCCUGUAUACAGAAGAGGCACUGGAAGAAAUCGCCAGGAUGAUGGUGUAUAUCCCCAAAGAGGAACCACUCUUCUCUUCUCAAGGCUGCAAAUCUAUUGCCCAAAGAAUUAACUACUUCUUGCCUUGA